AUGUCUUCGUCAAUUCCUUAUGACCCAGCAGGUCUUGACUCAAACCCUUUUGCUCAAGAAUCCUCUCUUUCAACCUCAGCUUGGGCAGAAGCUGUCGACAAAGAACCUACCCCAGAACCAACCCCAUCCUUUACCCCCCACUCAAAACAAGAAGAACUCACAGACGAAACAACAACUUCAACUAACCAAUAUUCAACCUUUUCAUCUUCCUCUAUCCCAGCUAUUUCAGAUAACUCUAGCUCCAUUGAUAGCAAUAUAGUUUCUUCUUCAUCAAUCGAUCCGGAUUCCACUGAAUCAACCACAAACGUUCCUUCCUCUUUAGAUUCCGAUAUCCCAGCACAACCCCAACAAGACCAACCAGACCAACCAGACCAACCAGACCAACCAGACCAACAAGACCAACAAGACCAACAAGACCAACAAGACCAACAGAACCAACAACAACAACCUUCACAACAACAAGACCCCUCUUCUUCUACCACUACAACACCAGCUACUCCUGCAUCACAAUCAAAAGCUCCAAAGAAAAAGUACAAACUAAUCCUUAAAGUCACGGCUCUCGAGCGUCAGGGCAAAAAAGACCCUAUUCUCAAGUUUGACGCCUAUACUACACUCCCCAGAUUUCGUACAACCACCUUUAGGGACAUUCGCAGAACUCAUAAUGAGUUUGUGAAGUUUGGAGCCCACCUCAAUAAUGCAAACCCGGAGUGCUUUGUCCCUUCAGUUCCAGCCUCAACCACUUCCGCUGGUACAGGAACUGAAGAAGACGAACACCGCAUUAUUAAAAAUAUGCAGCUCUGGCUAGACAGGGUCUCAAGCAACCCCAUUCUUGCUCGCGAUGAGGAAUUUGUCCACUUUAUUGAGUCCGACUUUGGUUACUCCCCCGUUUACAAGAAGAAACCCCCAGCCACAGGUAUGGCCCGCAAGGCUCUUAAACAACUCCAACCUCCCCAUGACGAAGUACUCGAGCUCGCAGAGUUCCGCCCUGUUAUCAAACAACUUUACAUCACAGGCCAAGAAACUGUCACCAAAAUUGAAAAAGUUUCAAAGGCCCGCCGUAACUUGGGCCUUGCCCUCAAUGACUUUGGCGCCAAGCUCAACAACUUCUCAGUAACUGAAAUUGAAAGCCCAACCAUGGUCACAAUGUGGCGCAAGCUCGGCAAAACUGUUACCGCCCUUGGAGAUCUUGAGGCGGUCAAGGCUACCACUGAAGCUGUUACCCUUACUGAUGGCAUUAAUUGGGUCAUCAAUGACGCUUACAUGGCCAAGGAAGCCCUCACAAACCGUCACCUCUUAAUGCGCGAGCUUGCUAAGGCACAGGCAUCUACAAAGUCCCGCCAUCAAACCGCAGUUAAGCUGCGUGGGUCUACAAAUAUUAACCCACAAAAGGUCGACGAGGCCAUUUCUUUGCUUGAUGAAGCAGUUCAUACUGAAGAGCAGCUUACAAACAAAGUCCGCCGUGUCACCGAAAACAUGCUCAUUGAAAAGCGGGUAUUGGCGUCACGCAUUGAAAGCGAUAUGCGCUCCUACAUUGCUGAAUAUGCGAUCCGUCUAAUUGACGCCGAACGACGUACUCUCAGUGCAUGGGAAUCCAUCCGUAAUGAUGUGCGUGCUGCAGACGCAAAUGGUGGGCUCUCACGUCUUGGCCGCGAACAGCACCCUACGCGCCGCCGGCCUUCGCAAGUUCAAAGCCAGGGCGCAUCCGGUGAUUCCUGGAGUGGCGACCGCAAGGUACGAGCAAAGGACCUGGUAGCCGACCCAAGCCUUGCUGCAUCCACAUUUUACGUGCCACCUUUGCCCCACGAUUCGGAAGAUCACCCAAGUGAUUCGGCAAUUGUGGAUGAUGGAAAGGAGGUUUAUGAUGACGAAGAAGAGGAUGAGAAUAGUUCACACCGCCCGCCGCAAUCUACUGUCACAAGUGCUGAUAAUGAGCCUACUCAAGUUGAUGCUCGCAGUGCUGCCAGUUUAUUAGCAGGUUCUACUUUUUGA